AUGGCAGAGGGCGUAGAGGAGGGGGACUCACACAUGGAGGAGCUGGACCACGGCUUGGGGAUGGAGGAGACGGUCCACAGCCCGCAGAGGAGACCUUCGCUGAAGGAGAGCUACCACAGCGACUCCCUGCUGGCACCGGACACCGACUUCAUGACAGAUGACCGCAGCUCAGCCAGUGGCCUGGAUGUGGUGGAUCGGCUCACCUAUCUGGAGCAGAGGAUGCAGAUGCAGGAAGAUGAAAUCCAGCUGUUGAAGAUGGCCCUGGCAGAUGUUCUCAAGAGGCUCAACAUCUCUGAAGAGCACCAAGCAGCUGCUGCUGGUGGCAGGAGAACAUCAGGUGCUAAAGCCCGGCCAGUGUCUCUGGCUCUGCCGUCCAGGCCCUCUCUGGUGCCCUCCAGCGCUGCCUCCCUGAAGAAGAGCACCACGCUGCCCUCCAGCUCCACAGCCAGGAACUACAGCCCCACACCCCCCCGCAGUGGUGUGUGGAGCCCAGCCAGUAGUGUGAAGGACAGUCCAGGUAAGACCACCAAACGCCCCACCUCUACAGCCUCCACAGCCUCCACAGCCGCUACAAGUAAGAAGCCUCAGGAAGGCAAGUCCAAGGAGCCGGCAGCAGUGAGUGGAGGGACAAGCCGUGUGACACACUGCAAAGUGACUAUGCAGAUCUAUCUGAGCCCCCUAACAAGAAGGACUGGAUCUUCUGAAUUCACCAAAUCUAACUCCGCGGUGCCUGCCAACUGCGGCUCGGCUGCACCUAACAACCCUCAGGCGAAGGGCGGCGGCAAGCCCGGGGCGAAGAAGACGAGCCCGUCCUUCAUCUUAAACCUGCAGAAAACCACAAUUAGCCAGAGCACAGCACAGCACGACUUUUCCAGCUACAAGAGCCCCGUCAAAUCGCCCAGCCAGUAUUUCCAGAUUUGUUACUGAGGCGGGAGGGCCGAGAAAGAUUUGCCAGAAUGUAUCCCUGCUUUCAUGUUUACUGAACCAAAUCAAAUGGUUAAACACCCGUUUCUAAAUUGGGGCAUUAAGUGGCUGUUAACAGUGUUAGGUUUGAAGGUGCCUGCUACACAUACUGGUAGGUUCAGAGCAACGUCUAUUUACAUGAUAACCCAUGCUAAUACAAGAAAUGUGUGAGUUAACAAAUAACAAACUGAAAGGCAUACUUGAUUGAUACCCUGGUCUUUACCUUUUAAACUUACCAAGUAGUUUUUGCACGUAAACCGAACAAAAUUGGAAACGUUUCAUAACAUUGCUCCCUCUGAAGCAUCAGUGAUUGUAAAAACGACUGCUAACAACCAUUUAAUGGCCUGAUAACGUUUGAAACGGGUGUUAUUAAAAGCCUCAUUUAACCAAUCGAACAUAAACGGCGAUAAAGACUUUCUUCCAAUGUUGAAAGAACAAGAAAUACAAUUUUGAAAUGAGUUCACUUCUGACUAGAUUUUCCUCUGAAUCUGUGCUGCUUUAACGUAUCUGCAACAUCAGUUCUUACAGCUUUCCAGAACAUUUACACUAACACGUUUGUUAAUGCAGUGUUUGAUUGCAGGAUUAUAUAUUUCAAAGAUAGUAAAGCAUGACAGCUCUAGUGCUUUUUUUAGCCUCCUCCGAAACCAUAGUAGUCAUUAAUCCUUUUCACACAUACAGUACCUGCGUUUGUUUUACCGAACGCUUGUACUGUUAAUGUUACUGCAACGCUGUGUGUCUUUAGUCGUCUUAGAGCGCGUUGUUUUUGAUGUCAAUGAGUGUGUGUGUCUGAGUUUUUCUCAUUCCUGUGUGCUGUA